UUAACUGUAACUAGUCGAAUUUGAGUCCUUCCGUUUGCAAGUCAACAAUUCUUAAUAGGGAAUUGUAGUUCAAAAGUGAAGUGACAGCCCUAUCUUUGUUCUACUAUAAGAAUGUGUGCGGAGCAUAAAUCAAGGAAGAAUGUUGUGGAAACUUUCUCUGCCAGAUUAUUGUACAUUUCUGACAAAUUUCUCCUCCCCAUCACACUAUCUAUUAUUGCCAUAAGAAAUUCAUUAUAAACUUCAAGACAAAAAUUCAAGAUUACCCCCCGGAGGUGCACCAGCUGGUGAUACCAAAUAGAGCUUAGGAAAAAUGUUCAGCUUUUGUGAAAUCACCAGAACCAGUUGCAUUUAUAGGGAACUGGAGCCACAUUCAAGAAGUUAUGAUAACCGGAACCGAUACUGUGGAAUUUGAGUCUGUGGCCGUGUUAUUCUUCUCAACCGUUUUCAAUAUUCAAGUAAACUUUAAUAAUCAACAUAAUCCAAAGUCUUUUAAUACAUCGCAAGUGACAUUACAGUUAUUAACAACACACUUUACUACAAUACAACCUUGAUAAAUUAAUAUGCUAAUAUCCCUCCUUUAUUGCAACAAUAGUAUAUAUUAUAAUGUAAAACCGCUCAAAAAACUAUAUUUACAUUAUUUUGGCAUUUGGCCAUUGGUCGUUUUGCUGAAGGGUGACAGUUUCACUAACGACUACCGUACAAUUGUCUAUCGCUUCUCGGCCUAUGGCUAAGAUCAAAGUGUAAAUACAAUACAAUGCUUAUUGCAUGUAAUUCUAUGACCUUGCAAUUUCUUUCUGCAAGUUCUUGCGAGAUGUAUUGCUCCAUGGCAAGAAGCGUUUAAAUAUACAAUGCUAGUCUCGAGUGAUCAAAAAUGAGUGAGUGUCGAGUCGCCUUUGGGAGGUGACUAGACGGUCACUCAUUUUUGAUCGCAAUGUAUAUAUACACGGACGGAAGUCAACUAAUAAUGCCCUGAAUGCAACCUUCGUGUUUUGUUAUUGUAACAUAACCUAAGAUUUCGGCUAUUUCUUGUAUGUAUGAUCAAAGGUUUUUCUUUGGAAGAAUUAAAAAAAUUCUUUAAAACUAAUAAUUUUUGGUUUUAUUGCAACAUCUUAUACUUGGGAAAAUCCAAACGCAGAAGGCUACCAAAAACAAAAUGUUUCACGCGCUGACUUUUAAAAAGUGGACUCUGUAGUGAAAAUGGCUCCUACUCGCUUUUUCCCAAAUAUAAGUAAAGAUUACGCAAGCGAAACAAUCGUUGAAAUCCCAGAAGAUCACAUCAAAACGGAAAUCAAUCUGAUGAUCGAAAAUAUCAUGGCCAAUUUGAAAGCCGUGCCAAUGUACGGUGAGGAUGGUUUUUACCUUGGGACGGCGGGCGUCUCUUACAUGUUUUAUCAUUUAAGCAAGUUACCCAGUUUUCAAAAUCAGAGCAGCACUUUUAUAGAGAACGCCGUAGAGUACUUACAACCAUCAUUGGCUACUGCCCAAAAAUAUGCCGCUCGAGUGAAAGACGUACCUUCGUUUGUUUUGGGCAAUUGCGGUAUAUACGCGCUGGCAUCUGUUAUCUAUAGCAAAACCGGGCAAACGGCAGAGUGCGAGUACUUUCAAAAGUUGUUUUACGACACCGCAAAUACAUGUAAGGAAAUGCAGUUUUUAACGUGUGGUGCGGAUGAGCUGUUUGUUGGACGUGCUGGAUAUAUUUGUGGUGCGUUGUGGUUGGCGAGGGAGUUAAAAAUUCAACCUAAACUUCAAGACUUAUAUGACAUCUGCAGUGUGAUUGUCGCUUCAGGUCGUAGGUAUGCAUCUCAACAUCAGUCGCAGUCACCUUUGAUGUAUGCAUAUUAUGAUGUCGAAUACCUUGGUGCUGCUCAUGGCUUGAGUUCUAUUCUCCAAAUACUUUUGAGUGUACCUGGCUUUUUAGAUGCUAAUCCCUCUGAUGCCAAAGAUAUAAAAGCGAGUGUCGACUAUUUAUUACAGCUGCAAGAUGACGAAGGUAAUUUUCCCAGUGCCACAGACGAAAUUUCUAGGCCAGCAGAGUUGGUGCAUUGGUGCCACGGUGCUCCUGGUAUCGUUUAUUUGAUGGCCAAAGCGUACUUGGUAUGGAAUGAGGAAAACUACUUGAAGUCAUGCAUUAAAAUGGCAGAUUUAGUAUGGAAUAAGGGGCUGUUGCACAAAGGGCCUGGCUUAUGUCAUGGUAUUGCAGGCAAUGCAUAUGUAUUUUUACUAUUGUAUCGCCUAACUAACGACCAGAAAUAUUUGCAUAGAGCAUUAGUUUUCAUGCGCUUUAUGGAAACUGAUCAAUUUAAAAGACAUUCGCGAGUACCGGAUAAUCCAUUUAGUUUAUAUGAGGGUAUUGCAGGUACUGUUUGCUUUUUGGCCGAUCUUACAGUGCCUUCAAAAGCUGCUUUUCCAUUUUUUGAUGUGUUCAAUAAUGAAUGAUUGUUUUCUGUAAAUUGUUGUAAAGUGUGCAAUGAAAUGAUUAAUAAAUAAUCUAAAAAAUCA